AUGGAGCACAGGCAAUCAUCAUUCAUCUCAAAGCUGCCGGUAAUCAUGGCGACGAUCGGAGAAAGGAAAGCAGAGCUCGCCGGCAAGAAACAAGAGCUGUUGGAAGCAAAGCGAUUGGGAGGAGAUGCGGAGUCCAUGAAACAACUUGAAAUCGAAUGGGCGGGUCUGGAAUCGGAUAUUGAUCUGUUGGAGCACACGGCUAAUGUGAUGAGAACGGAUCUGAUCCAGCGGGGGUUGCUUGUGGCGGAGGAGAUGAAAUUGGGCGUCGGAACAGAAGCAACUUCAUCAGUGUAA